GAUAAGCCAGUGCCAACGACAAACAUUAGAAAAGAUGAAUCCCGCUGAGUUACACGGCAAGAAGCGCAAGAGAAAGCAUGGAUCCUCUAAUGUUGAGAACAGCGACUCUGUCGUUAAGGCAACCGCUCCGGAUCCUGCGAUUGAGGAGGAAGGAGAAUCGAAGCCGUCGGGGUCAGAGAAAGUAGAAAAGACUGUCAAGAAAGCCAAAAAGACUCACAAAUCCGAAGACGAAGAAGACGAGCUCGAGGAUACAGCACCACAAGAGAAACGCAAGAAGACCAAGAAGACCAAGAAAUCGGAGGACGAAACCGAAGUUGACGAUGAGCUACCGGAAGACAUUUCAAAGGACGAGACUACAGCCGAUGAGACACCUGCAGGUACCCAGGCUGAUGGAGAUAGUGAGGGUGAAGAUGCUGGCACAGAUCUCAUUGAAGGAACCGUGCCGCGGGCUGGUGUACUCUCUCUACCCAGUGCUGGCGCAGAGCCUCAAAAGUUCUCCGACUUGAACCUGUCUGAAAAGACAAUGAAGGCCAUUGAGGAAAUGAAGUUCGAGAAAAUGACCGAAAUUCAGCGGCGCGGAAUACCACCUUUACUGGCGGGACGAGAUGUUCUUGGAGCUGCGAAGACAGGUUCUGGGAAGACACUAUCGUUUUUGAUUCCUGCAGUUGAGAUGCUCACCUCCUUACGUUUCAAGCCCAGAAACGGAACCGGUGUGAUUAUUGUUUCACCCACAAGAGAGCUGGCCUUGCAGAUUUUUGGGGUUGCGCGAGAGCUCAUGACACAUCAUUCGCAAACCUAUGGUAUUGUCAUUGGAGGAGCAAAUAGAAGGGCCGAAGCAGAGAAGCUUACAAAGGGUGUCAACUUGCUGGUCGCAACUCCUGGCCGCUUACUCGAUCAUCUCCAGAAUACUCAGGGCUUUGUUUUCAAGAAUCUGAAGGCCCUAGUCAUCGACGAGGCGGAUCGUAUCUUGGAAAUCGGAUUUGAGGAUGAGAUGAGACAGAUUGUGAAGAUCCUUCCUAAGGAGGACCGUCAGACUAUGCUUUUCAGCGCAACGCAAACUACCAAGGUCGAGGAUCUUGCACGAAUAUCGCUACGACCCGGUCCACUCUACAUUAAUGUUGAUAAUGAAAAGGAGCACAGCACAGUCGAAGGCCUUGAGCAAGGCUACGUUGUGUGUGAUAGCGACAAGCGGUUCCUUCUUCUGUUCUCUUUCCUCAAGCGAAACCUGAAGAAGAAAAUCAUUGUUUUCUUCUCGAGUUGUGCUUGCAUCAAUUACUACGCCGAGCUUUUGAACUAUAUCGACCUUCCUGUCCUGGAUUUACACGGAAAACAAAAGCAACAAAAGCGAACGAACACCUUCUUCGAGUUCUGCAACGCUAAGCAGGGCAUUCUGCUUAGCAGUGACGUAGCUGCAAGAGGUCUCGAUAUCCCAGCUGUAGAUUGGAUUGUGCAAUUUGAUCCUCCUGAUGAUCCACGAGACUACAUCCACCGUGUAGGCCGAACAGCACGUGGCUCCAAUGGCAAAGGCCGCUCCCUUAUGUUCCUUCAACCAUCUGAAGUAGGAUUCCUCACGCACCUGAAGCAAGCCCGCGUUCCCGUCGUGGAGUUCGACUUCCCCGCCAAGAAGAUCGUCAACGUCCAGUCACAACUCGAAAAGCUGAUCUCCCAGAACUACUACCUGAACAAGAGCGCGAAAGACGGGUACCGGUCUUACUUGCAGGCGUAUGCUAGCCACAGUCUGCGCACCAUUUUCGACGUCCACAAGUUGGAUCUGGUGAAGGUGGCAAAGAGCUUUGGGUUCAGUACGCCACCGAGGGUGGACUUGACGUUGGGGGCUAGUAUGAGUAGGGACAAGAAGACGCAGGGUCGGAGAGCAUAUGGAAGUCAGCCGAAGCAGGGUGGGAGCUUCAAGAAGAGGGGUUACUCAUGA